CCUCCCCGGGGCGGAGCGAAAGGCUCCCGGUACCUACCCCAGGGUCCGGGGCGCACCGGAGCAAUCGGCGGCCCUUUCGCGAUCGAGAGGCGGGAGAGAUGUGCGGCCGCACCGCCUGCUCCCUGGCUGCCGAUAACCUCCGCCGGGCCUGCGCCUAUCGCGACAGGGGCGGCCGUCGGCGGCAGCCCGAAUGGAUCCGGGCGGAGCGGUACCGGCCUUCCUACAACAAGGGCCCGCAAUCCAGCGGCCCGGUGCUGCUCUCCCGUCGGCACCUCCAGCAGGAUGCUGACUCCUCCGAGCGGGUCCUCAUGGACAUGCGCUGGGGCCUGGUUCCCUCCUGGUUCAAAAAGGAUGACCCCUCCAAAAUGCCAUUUAAUACCUCCAACUGCCGCAGUGAUUCCAUGCUGAAGAAGUCCUCCUACAAGGGUGCUCUCCUCAAGGGCAAGCGCUGUGUGGUCCUGGCAGAUGGCUUCUACGAGUGGCAGCAGCAGAGUGGGGGGAAGCAACCAUAUUUCAUUUACUUCCCACAGACCAAGGACACUGUGGCUGAAGAGGAGGGUGAUGAGGAAUGGAGAGGAUGGAGGCUGCUUACCAUGGCUGGGAUUUUUGACUGCUGGGAGCCGCCGGCAGGAGGAGAAACACUGUACACUUACACCAUCAUCACCGUGGAUGCCUCCAAGGACGUGAGCUUCAUCCAUCACAGAAUGCCAGCCAUCCUGGAUGGGGACGAGGCCAUCAGGAAAUGGUUGGACUUUGCUGAAGUGCCAACACAAGAAGCAGUUCAACUCAUCCAGCCCAUGGAGAACAUCGCUUUCCACCCUGUUUCCACCUUUGUCAACAGCAUCCGCAACAACACACCUGAGUGUCUUGCACCCAUCAAACUAGGGGCCAAGAAGGAGGUCAAAGCUACCCCAAGCAGCCAAGUGAUGCUGGGCUGGUUAAAGAACUCCCAGGAGGGCUCUCCCCAGAAGAAAGAAAAUGAUGUGCCCAGGUGGACGAGUCAGUUUAUCCACAGCCCUUCUCCCAAGAAAACCAGUGCAGGUAUCCUGCAGCAGUGGCUGGGGAAGCAGGGAGAGCCAGCUGCGAAGAAGCACAAGGCUUAAGCACCAUCUGGGAUGGCUGGCCAUCCUUUUCCCUCUUGAGUUUCCCAAGCAGAAUGAGGAACCUUUUUUGAAGUCUUUGCAGAGUGAUCUUGAGAUUCUCUGAGCUUCUGAGGUGUUGAUUUGAUGCUCUAAGUUGUUGGUUUUGUUCUUCCUUUUUUGUUAAAGGUUGGUGUUUGUCUUUAAAGGUUUUGGCUUUGCCUUGUGCUGACAGCAGUGGAUAUAACCUGCUGGCCUCCCUCCCUGGCAGUUGCUUGUGCCAAGCACAGAUAAAACCUUGAGAAGCAUCUCAGCCUGCUGGGGAGAAGCAGCUUCUGCCUUCUGACAGUGUUCACAAUUCACGUCUCCUCUUUUUCUUGGUGUAAAACUGAUACCUCUUUUCCAUUUACUCCAUUCUUUAAUAAUUCCUUAUGAAUACUCUUGCCCUCAAAAGCUGGCUGCAAUACCGAGGGACAUGCAGAAAAUACUAGCUGGAAGCUCGAGGCUGGGAAGAUCUGCCAGAGUCACCCUGCUCUGCACCAGCAUUGCCACAUACAUUCAUGGCUCCUGAACAGGGAGAUACUUAAGUAGAGCCUGGGAGGAGGAGGACCUGGGCUUUGCUUGGGUUUCCCUGUGGGCAGCAGGGUGGGACAGCUGCUCCUGGUCACGUUGUUUGUACAAUCAUUUUGUUAAUGAGAUUUGAAGACUUAGAGAGGAUUUUCUUGAUCUGUGGAGGGAUGUGCUCUGCCUUGUUCACAAAGAUCAUUCGUUAAAGCCCAGAUAACCCAAGAGCCAUUACAGACCAGCAUAGGGCAUUUGUUUUUGAGGUCAGGGAUUUUGUAAACUGAGCCAGAUGUUAGAAACCAAAAGCCUUACACAGUGGGACCCUUGUUGGAAAGCAGUACUUCAUUUGUAUUGGAAAUAAUAAAAUGGGAUUAACGGCACAGUGCC